AUGCAUCUUUCACCAUGGGCUCAUUUCUUCCGUCUUUCUCUGUGGCUACUGAUUGGCCUGGUGAAUGCAACUUUCAUCGAUGGCCGUGAUUCCUAUGUAUAUGACGAUCAGAUCGGAGACUCGCAAUUCUUUGAAGGGCUAUGCCCAGAUUACACGAAUUAUGCUCGUCACAAACAUAAACCCCUCAGCGAUGGCCCGUUACAACUCCCCUACCAAAGACCACACCCUCAAUGCCGCAAGUUCUCCUCAGCGGCAGUCGAAAAAGUCAUUGAAGAUCUAUACCCCCGAAUAAAGGAUCCCGACCUGGCACAUAUAUUCCGGAACGCCUUCCCCAAUACUCUUGACACCACCGUUCUGUGGCAUGUUGAUGGGGUCGAAACACACGCCCCAAAGUCCCGGCUAGUGCGCGAUCAAGACAGAUGGAAGGGCGCCCAAUCUUUCAUAGUGACGGGGGAUAUUAAUGCCGAGUGGUUAAGAGACUCAACGAAUCAAUUGGCCCAGUAUCAACUCCUCGCAAAAUCAGCCCCUGACAUCUCGAAUCUGCUCCUCGGCGCGAUCAACACACAAGCCGAAUUUGUCAUUUCGUCACCCUAUUGCAAUGCCUUCCAACCCCCCGACCCCUCUCGUCUCCCUCUUGUUCAUUCCGGUCAAGAUGACUAUGUUCACCCGGCAUAUGAGCCUCGAGUGGUUUUCGAAUGCAAAUAUGAACUCGACAGUCUGGCGGCUUUCCUCGCACUGACAAACCAGUACCACGCCUCGACCGGCUCCACGGCAUUCCUGACUCCUCGCUGGUUCAAAGCUCUCCAAGGGGUCAUCCACGUCCUCGAUGCUCAAGCAAAACCCACCUUCAACGCUGAUACAGGCUGGUAUGAACGGAACGAGUAUACAUUCAGCCGAUAUACACGGAUCGGCACAGAAACCCUCAAUCUCGAAGGCACCGGCAAUCCGUUAGCGGACCAUACAGGACUGGUUCGCUCGGCAUUUCGACCCUCUGACGACGCCACCAUCCUCGGUUUCCUCAUUCCCGCCAACGCCAUGAUGUCGGUGGAAUUGGCACGCACAUCACAACUUCUUCGAACGGCUUCCUCCGCCGCCCCAACGUCUACGGAAGCCACAUGGAUGCUCCGUGUUGCCGAUGAUCUUGAGUCUCGCGCCGAAACGAUCAAGGCCGGCAUCUACAAGCAUGCAGUCACCAAGCACCCGGAGUUUGGAGAAGUUUUCACCUACGAAGUCGACGGAUACGGCUCUCAUCUCCUCAUGGACGAUGCGAACGUUCCAUCGCUCCUGUCUCUCCCCCUUCUCGGCUUCCUCGAUGCCUCUGACCCCAUCUACCAAAACACACGACGCAUGAUCCUCAGCCAGCGCGGGAACCCAUAUUACCUCUCUGGCUCGAAAUUCUCGGGUAUUGGUGGCCCACACAUCGGCCUCCGCAACGCCUGGCCCAUGUCGGUCCUCGUGCAAGCCAUGACCAGCACCUCCGACGAAGAGAUCCUCGAAUGUCUCGACCGCGUCAAGAACGUCAGCGCCUUCGGCCUCAUCAACGAGAGUGUCGAUGUCCACCGCGGCGUCCGGGGGGGCGGCGACGGCAUGACCCGCAGCUGGUUCGCGUGGGCGAACAGCGUCUUCGCCCAGACGAUCCUGUGGCUCGUGGAGAAUAAGCCGGAAUUGGUCCUGAAAGAAGAAUAUGCGAAUGCGAAGUAUCGUGUGGGAGAGGGCUGGGUUGAUUGA